AAACAAAAACACCUUAACAAAUCGGAGGAGCUAGGUUAAGGUUGCAGGUGAUAGUGUUUCGAGGAAGUGACAAAUUAGAAAGAAGUUGGAAGUUAUAAUGGCAAAGCGAGAGCUUUCCAACACGUUGAAGAACUUGAAGUUCAUGCAAAGGGCAACUCUAAGAGAGGAGAAAACCAAGAAAGAAGAAGAGGUCAAACCUGAUGUCAAUUUUGGCACAACCACUCGAAAAUGUGUGGUCAUAAUGGAAGGUGAUCCCCAUCCUGGAGCACUUAAAGGUCGAAUGUCAUUUCAAAGUUUUAAUCCUUCUGUUGAUAAAUUAAAUGAGGAAGAAGCAAUACUUCGUCAGCCAGCAGCUGAAACUGCUAUUUCUAGAAAUCAAAAUGGAAAUGUCUCUUCCAGCUCGGCAUGUGCUAACAUGGACAAAAAGAGUUAUGAGGAUAACGGCAAUGUUAAAAGGAAGCAAUCUGAAGUAAGUUGUGAAGCACAAUAUCCUAACAAAUCACCCAAGAAUGAGCAAGGUGAUAAACAAUCAUCGUCAAAUAAUAGUUUGGGCUCUUUCAAAAAACCAACUGGAGAGAAGCUAGACUGGAACGUCCUUAGACCAUCUAGUGUCAAACAAAAUAGAUGAGUUCAUUGAUUAUUUGAUUGAAAACGCAAAUUAAGCUAGGUUUGGUUCUGUUUCAGGCCUUGGGCUAUUAUAUCUAUUUUCAUGGUUCUACUAGGCUUUUUUUCUUUGUUAUGAAGACCUUCACAAUUUGUUGUUAAGAUUCAGGAUUUAGUCUGAUUUAGGUUGAAUACUUUUAGAGAUCAAAGCUCCAAAAGCCCUCGGGAGUGUUUUUUAUGUAUCAUUAUAUUGUAUUUUAUGAAACAGUUUGAGAUAAAGCUGAUGUUGAUGAUGGUGAAUAUU